AUGGAGAGAGGAAAUCAGACUUCAGUGACAGAAUUCAUCCUCCUUGGCUUCUCAGACUACCCUGACCUACAGAUCAUCCUUUUCCUUCUGUUUCUCCUGAUCUAUACUAUCACCUUCCUGGCAAAUCUUGGAAUCAUCCUGUUGAUCAGGAUUGACUCUCAACUCCAUAGUCCAAUGUACUUCUUUCUCAGCCACCUAUCCUUGAUCGACAUUUGCUAUUCUUCUUCCAUCACCCCCAGAUUGCUCACCAACAUCAUCUCUGAGGCAAAGGGAAUCUCUUUCUUGGCCUGUGCAGCACAGAUGUAUCUGUUCAUCGCGUUUGUCGUGGCUGAAUCCUUUCUCUUGGCCGUGAUGGCUUAUGACCGCUAUGUGGCCAUCUGCAAUCCCUUAUUGUACACAGUGGUUAUGUCAAGAAAGCUCUGCUUCCUGCUGGUGGCUGGUUCUUACAUGUGGGGGGUUGCUUGUGCCCUGGUUCACACUCAUUCUGCCUUCAGGGCAAUUUUCUGUGGGCCAAAUGCCAUCAAUCACUUCUUCUGUGACAUUUUGCCAGUGCUGGCACUUUCUUGCUCAGACACCCAGAUCAGUAAGAUGCUGCUUUUUGUUUUUGCUACCUUUGUGGAAACCAGCACCAUAACUGUCAUUCUCACCUCUUACCUUCUCAUUAUCAUAUGUAUAUCGAAGAUCCACUCCAAUAAGGGGAAAUACAGAGCUUUCUCCACCUGUGCCUCUCACUUCACCGCCAUCACCAUAUUCCACACGACCAUCCUCUUCAUGUACUGCCAGCCGAACGCCAGCCCUUCCGAAGAUGCAGGCCGGGUUGCUUCUGUCUUCUACACCAUAGUGAUUCCAAUGCUGAACCCCCUGAUCUACAGCCUGAGGAACAAGGAGGUGAAAGGUGCCCUCAAAAGGCUGGUGGGCAGGAAAGUGCCUUUGCACUCAGCAUGUUGA